AUGUCUGGAAGAGGCAAGGGCGGGAAAGGCCUCGGCAAAGGUGGCGCCAAGCGUCACCGUAAGGUGCUGAGAGAUAACAUCCAGGGCAUCACCAAGCCCGCCAUCCGGCGCCUCGCUCGGCGCGGGGGCGUCAAGCGGAUCUCGGGCCUCAUUUACGAGGAGACGCGGGGUGUGCUGAAGGUGUUCCUGGAGAACGUGAUCCGGGACGCCGUGACCUACACGGAGCACGCGAAGCGCAAGACGGUGACGGCCAUGGACGUGGUGUACGCCCUGAAGCGGCAGGGCCGCACCCUGUACGGCUUCGGGGGCUAA